AAAAAAAAAAAAAAAAAAAAAAAAAAAAGGGGGGGGGACAGAGAGAGAGAGAGAGAGAGCACAAUCUGAUCUGAUCAAGCAGUUUCAGCUUCAUCUCUCCUGGGUCACAUACUCCUUCUCCACCAAGGUGAUCAAAGAAGAGAAACAUCUGCAAAGAGCGGAAGAUACUGUUGGGAUCUCGCUUCUUAGAUUUUUGUUUGUUUUCCCUACUAUUUUUUCAUCUUUUUUGGAAUCGAUUAUUAUUAUUAUCAUUUUAUUUAUUUAUUUUUUAAAAAAAGCACGACAACAUCUCUCUGUAUAUAAACUCACCGCCUACCUUCCCGUUGAAAGUCUGCCCAGCUUUGGGGAGGAGGAAGAGAGACAGUCCCGCACCGAGAGAGCGCGAUGGAGGUGACUACCGACCAGCCGCGGUGGGUAAGCCACCAUCACCCCGCGGUGCUGAAUGGGCAGCAUCCGGACUCACACCACCCAGGGCUCGGCCAUUCCUACAUGGAUCCAACUCAGUACCCGCUGGCCGAGGAGGUGGAUGUACUUUUUAACAUCGACGGACAAGGGAAUCACGUCCCUUCCUAUUAUAGCAACUCGGUCCGAGCCACGGUGCAGAGGUACCCGCCGGCCCAUCACGCAGGGAGCCAGGUGUGUCGCCCACCGCUUCUCCACGGAUCUCUCCCUUGGCUGGACGGGAGCAAACCCCUAGGGGGCCACCACAGUGCGUCUCCUUGGAACCUGAGUCCCUUCUCCAAGACCUCGAUCCAUCACAGCUCUCCGGGACCCCUCUCCGUCUACCCGCCGGCUUCCUCCUCCGCGUUAUCAGCCGGCCACUCCAGUCCGCACCUUUUCACCUUCCCUCCGACCCCUCCCAAAGAUGUUUCCCCGGAUCCCUCCAUCUCCACCCCGGGAUCCACCGGCUCCAGCCGGCAGGACGAGAAGGAAUGCAUCAAGUACCAGGUGUCCCUGGCUGACACCAUGAAGCUGGAGUCCUCUCACUCCCGCAGCACCAUGGCAUCGCUAGGAGGGGCCUCCUCUUCCGCUCACCACCCCAUCACCACCUACCCGCCCUACGUCCCAGAAUAUGGCUCUGGACUCUUCCCCCCCAGCAGCCUCCUAGGGGGCUCGCCUACCGGGUUUGGGUGCAAAUCAAGACCAAAAGCACGCUCCAGUACAGAAGGCAGGGAGUGUGUAAACUGUGGCGCUACCUCAACCCCCCUGUGGAGGAGAGAUGGCACCGGGCAUUAUCUGUGUAACGCCUGUGGACUGUAUCACAAAAUGAACGGGCAGAACCGGCCCCUGAUUAAGCCCAAGAGAAGGCUGUCUGCAGCAAGACGGGCGGGCACAUCCUGUGCAAACUGUCAGACCACCACCACCACGCUGUGGAGGAGAAAUGCCAAUGGUGAUCCCGUCUGUAACGCCUGCGGGCUCUAUUACAAGCUGCACAAUAUUAACAGACCCCUGACUAUGAAGAAAGAAGGAAUUCAGACCAGAAACCGAAAAAUGUCUAGCAAAUCCAAAAAGUGCAAAAAAGUCCACGACAACCUGGAAGAUUUCCCCAAGAGCAGCUCCUUUAACCCCGCCGCCCUCUCCAGACACAUGUCCUCCAUCAGCCACAUUUCACCUUUUAGUCACUCUAGCCACAUGCUGACUACGCCGACACCGAUGCACCCGCCAUCCAGCCUCUCUUUCGGACCUCAUCAUCCUUCCAGCAUGGUCACUGCCAUGGGUUAGAGACAGACUCCCCCUGCUGAAUGCUUACGGUCUCAAAAUGAGAUUUACUUUAUAUACUUGCAUUUUUGCAGGCGUGCGGUUAUUCAUUUGAAGCCCAAAACAAAUGGAUAAAA